GUGUGAGUCUCCUUCCGUAACAGAAGACCGGACCACAAAGGAUUCAGCAAGAUGAGUGCACCCGACCCGUUCCAGGAGAUCGUGGAUGCCCUCAAACAGAUACUCACCCCUGCCAUUGUCACACCACCUGUCAUGCCCGUCACCAACGCUGCUUCUUCCACGACAGUACUUACCGGUCCCAUGGCCAGACCAGCGCCCUUCUCUGGCUCGGCGGAGGAGUGCAACGGAUUUCUGCUGCAGUGUUCGCUCGCACUGGAGAUGCAGCCACCUCUUUACGCUACGGAAAGCGCUAAGAUAGCAUUCAUCAUAUCACUGCUGACGGGGCGAGCACUUCAAUGGGCAGAGACCAUCUGGUCCCAAGCCGUUAUAUCAUCUCCGUCAAGGGUCUCUGUCCAUAAAUGAUUACGCCCUAAAAUUCAGAACCCUCGCAGCAGCCAGCGGCUGGAAUGAGCGCGCCCUUCUGACCACCUACCGGCAAGGACUGGAGCCGAAGGUGCAACUUCAGCUCGCAGCCUAUGAUGAUUCCUAUGGCUUGGAACGGUUUAUACAACUAUCCAUCCGCUGCGCUACUCGUAUGCAAUCUUGCAUUGCGGAACAUCAACU